CCUCAAGCCCAUGGCUGCUGCUUCCUUCUUCCUCUCUCUACACUCAACCCCAGCGCCCAUCGGCUUUCUUCUCCCGUUAUAAGCUGAAAGCCAGCUACGUUGGAGCCAUUGAUCUAAAGAUUCCAACGAAGGAGUGAAAGAACGAUCGAGGUGCUCGUGGUUGAAGGCGCACGGAAAAACAGAUGAUGGUAUAACACACAGCAGAUUGGAAUGAUGGCUGUUCACGGUUGUGUUAAUCAAAAUCUUCUUGAUGAUGAUGAUGAUGAUACACCUUUAGUUUUUAAAAGGAAUGGCCCGGCAUCCAGGCAAAAUCAAUUGAAUUCUGCACUAAAGAAGCCAUCAUCUCAAAGGCAUGAUGGAUCUUCAGGAAGGCCCAUUUCUGAUGCACGUGCUUCUGAUCGUCAACACUCCAAUUUGCCAAAGACUAAGAUGGUUUCACCUGCGAAGGUAUCAACAGAAAGGUCUACUGUUGCUAAUGCGAAAGCUUCAAUACCUGUGAAGGUAUCAACGGAAAGGUCUACUGUUGCUAAUUUGAAAGCUUCAAUACCUGAUCGGCCAAAAUAUUCAUCAGUACCGAACUCAGCAGCUUAUAAUAAGGAAAAGAAGCCUCUGGAUAAGUCUCCUGUUAAAUCUGCCGUUGAUCCUGAUGAAGAUUCUGAUGAUAAUAUACCAUUGAGCUCUCGAAUGCCUGCAGCAGGUCAAAAAAGCAAUUCUUCCCAUGUUUCAAGGGAUCACAAUUCAUCUAUUCCAGGUUCAUCCAUUCCAAGAAAGACAAAAACCAUCAUUAAUAAAUCCGCCGAUGAAUCAGCAGAUGAGAAACCAUUAUCGUCCAAGAUAUCAAAAAUCAGCAUUAAGAAGUCGGUCGAUGAAUCAGCAGAUGAAAAACCAUUAUCUUCCAAGAUAUCAAAAAUCAGCAUUAAGAAGUCUGCCGAUGAUUCAGCAGACGAGAAACCAUUAUCUUCCAAGAUAUCAAAAAUCAGCAUUAAGAAGUCUGACGAUGAUUCAGGAGAUGAGAAACCAUUAUCUUCUAGGUUAUCAAAGCCUGGUGUUGGUGCAUCUACUAAAAUCUCAUGUGACUCGGAUGACGAGAAACCUUUGUUUGCUAAGUUUCAGCAAAAUGGUUACAGCAAGAGGGAUUCAAUUUCAAAAAACGAACAGUCUUUGAAGUCCAACACAGGGUUGAACAAGAGGCCAGCAAGUGAAAUCAAUACAUCACCCCCAUCUUCUUCUGUUAAAAAGCUAAAAAUUUCUAGUUCCUCUUCAUUCGCGAAAGUUAAGCAAGAACCUGAAGUGAAAAAGGAAGAAAAAAUGGAUGAUGAAGACCACAUUCCGAUCGCACAGCGAAUGAAAAAGUCAGUUCCCUUAGAUAAUCGAUCAUUCUCAAAGAAACCGACUAAGGUUGUUUCUUCUUCGUUCAAGAAAACAACUAAGAAAUCAAAGAAAGUGAUGAAGAAUUCUAAAUACUCCAAGUCGAUGAAGGUGCCACCCGGCUCUGGUGGAGGUCAAAAAUGGACAACCUUGGAGCACAAUGGUGUCAUUUUUCCUCCCCCAUACAAGCCUCAUGGGGUUAAGAUGCUCUACAAUGGGCAGCCGGUUGAUUUAACUCCUGAACAAGAGGAGGUAGCAACAAUGUUUGCUGUGAUGAAAGACACAGAGUAUGCAACCAAGCAGACAUUUAUUGAUAACUUCAUGAAUGACUGGAGAGUGAUACUUGGCCGGAAUCACGUAAUUAAGAAAUUUGAGCUCUGUGAUUUCACCCUGAUCUAUGAGUGGCAUCAGAAGGAGAAGGACAAGAAAAAACAAAUGACUACAGAAGAGAAAAAGGCUUUGAAAGAAGAAAAAUUGAAGCAAGAAGAUAAGUACAUGUGGGCUGUUGUUGACGGCGUCAAAGAGAAGGUUGGAAACUUUAGAGUUGAACCACCUGGACUCUUUCGUGGCCGUGGGGAGCAUCCCAAGAUGGGGAAACUGAAAAGACGAAUCCGCCCAAGUGAUAUUACAAUAAACAUUGGAAAGGGUGCUUCAAUUCCAGAAUGUCCAAUCCCUGGUGAAAGGUGGAAAGAAAUAAAGCACGACAAUACUGUCACAUGGUUGGCAUUUUGGAAUGAUCCAAUCAAUUCAAAAGAAAGCAAGUAUGUUUUUCUUGCAGCUAGCAGUUCCCUUAAAGGGCAAAGCGACAAGGAGAAAUAUGAGAAGGCAAGGAUGUUGAAGAAUUACAUUGAUGACAUUAGAUCAACAUACACAAAGGAUUUUGGGAGUAAAGACAUCAGCAAGCGGCAAAUAGCAGUUGCUACCUACCUUAUUGAUAAGCUAGCUCUUAGGGCAGGCAAUGAAAAGGAUGAUGAUGAGGCUGAUACAGUUGGUUGCUGCACUCUUAAAGUCGAAAAUGUCACACUACUUCCUCCAAAUAAGUUACAGUUCGACUUCCUUGGUAAAGAUUCCAUCAGAUAUUUCAACACAGUUGAAGUGGAACUUCCCGUGUAUAAAGCUAUUUCACAGUUUCAAACUGGAAAAAAGGAUGGUGAUGAUCUUUUUGACAAGCUGGAUACGAGCAAACUCAAUGCUCAUCUGAAGGAACUGAUGCCUGGCCUCACAGCCAAAGUCUUCCGUACAUACAAUGCUUCUAUCACCUUGGAUGACAUGUUGAACAAAGAAACAAAAGAUGGCAAUGUUGCAGAGAAGAUUGCUGUGUAUCAGCAUGCAAACAAAGAGGUUGCAAUCAUAUGCAAUCAUCAACGUAGUGUCUCUAAGUCCCACACUGCACAAAUGUCAAGAUUGAGUGAGAAGAUGGCGGAGCUGAAGAGUGUGCUAGAGGAACUGAAAGUGGAUUUGAGUCGGGCAAAGAAAGGGAAGCCCCCACUGAGAGAUGCAGAUGGGAAGACAAAGAAGAACUUGUCACCAGAAGCGAUAGAGAAGAAGAUUGCUCAGACCAAUGUGAAGAUAGAGAAGAUGGAACUUGAUAUGAAGAUCAAAGAGGACCUGAAGACCGUAGCAUUGGGCACAUCAAAAAUCAACUAUCUUGACCCUAGGAUAUCAGUCGCAUGGUGCAAGCGCCAUGAAGUUCCCAUUGAGAAGAUUUUCAACAAGUCCCUUCUUGCAAAGUUUGCUUGGGCAAUGGAUGUCGAACCCACAUUCAGAUUCUGAUUCAGUUUUUGGGCUGUCCAGAAGGUCGACCGAGUCAGGCAAGCUGCAGCAUCUCACGGCUUCAUUCCAUUUUUAUUUCUUUUCUUAUCUUUCCAAGCGGGGGAAAAAAAUUUGAUGUUGUAUGUGCUUCUAAUCCCAUGGGUUCUGUUACUCCCACUUGUGUAUUUGAAGGCGGUAACAAAGCCUCGGCAUAUGAGUCAGUCUUGAAACUUUUUUAAUAUAUAUGAACUACAACUUCUAAGACGCUGAAAUUGUUUGAGCACAAGGCAAUCUUUGUUUGUUUUACACACGGUUAUCUAGUUACAUCUCUUUUGCCGGCAAA